GAAAUAACUUGAUAUUACAACACAUUAGGAUAAUAACAGUCUCUAAGGCAAUUUAGUUAAUACAAAGAAUAUCACAUUAAGUGAUGAUUUGAUCUUUUUUUAUUAUAAUGGAUUAUCUUAAUAUACGUUCGGUUACUGAAUCAAAAAAAUUAUUUAUGGGAUAUUCUAUCUUUCAUCCAGAUUCAUAUAUUGCUAAUAAACGAAAAUAUAAAUCUAAUUAUAAUGAAACAUAUCAUAGAUUAAAUGAUUUAAUAAGUUUACAACAUAGUUCUACAGAAUACAAUUUAAAUACAACCACUACUACUACUACUACUAACAAUAAUAUCAGUAGUAUAUCAUGUCCUAUAACUAUGAAUACAAUCAAUCCUAUCAAAUCAUUAACACCAAUUUCAAUUAAAAUUCAACAAAAUAAUAAACAAUUAAAUCAAUAUGAAUUAGAUCAUUCAAUAAGUGAUAUAUGUUCAACAAAUUCAUCAUUAUCAGAUCAUACUACUAAUGGUAUGAAUUAUUCCUAUCCAACUCAUUCAUUAUCAUUAUCAUUAAAUAGAGAUAAAAGAAAAGAUCAUCAUACUAAUAUUACCACUGCCAAUAAUAAUCAUAAUAAUGUAUGUUAUAAACAUCGUACAUUACCAUUAUUACCUAAUUCAAAUGAAUAUCAACACCAUCACCAUCACAACCACCACCACCACCACCAACAACAACAACAACACCAACACCAAUAUCCUUAUAUUCCAUUAACAUCAUCUCAAUUAAUUACACCUAAUAUAACAUGGCGUAUAAAAAAUUCUAAAGAAAAUUAUUAUAAUAAAAAAUUAUUAAAAUUAAUUGAACAAUUACCAUAUAAUAAACAAAAUUCAAUUGGUUUAAUAUUAUUAACAAUGGAUGUGAAAUUAUGUAAUUCUAUACAUAAUCCAUCCGAUAUUAAUCAUAAUAAUAAUAAUAAUAAUAGUAAUGGUAAUCGUAAUAAUAAUAGUAAUAGUCAUAGUAACAGUAAUAAUACUGGUAAUUAUUCGGAUAUAUUCUCUGGUGGUUUAGAAUAUCGUCUACGUGAAGCAUUACAAUUAGUGGAACCAAAUCAUAAAUUACUGAAUGAAUUUGAUUAUUGUCAUUAUAAAACAAUAAAUGAAUUAAAUAAAAUAGAUUUAAAUAAAAUUAUUGAUGUUCGAAGUAGAAAAAAUGUCAGUGAAUCCAAAAAAUCAUCAACCAACUUUGUUAAAGAAUCAUCUAAAGAAGAUGGUCGUGAAUCUGGAAUAGAUCCAGAUACAUUAGACGAAACAUCAACAUCAAUGAUUGGAAAUUCUUUAAGCUUAAAUGAUAUGAAAUAUACUACUAAUGAUCUUAGUCAUACUACUGAAGUACACAAACCAAAUGUAAUUACAAUAUUAAGACGAUUAGCAAGAUAUUUAGCUUUACGGAUAGCAAAUAAACGUCAUAGUCUAGCUACAGCAAAUCAACAUGUUGCAAGAAAUGCCAUUGAAGAAAAACUUUUACGUUCUAGAUUAAGUGAAUUAAAUACUGAUUAUUAUUAUUAUUAUCAUCAUGAUAAUAUAAUGAAUAGUUGGAAUUCAUUAAAUUCAAUUGAAAUCAAUCAUGGUACAAUUGUGAAUCGAUUUGAUCGAUUACAUAAUAAUACAAUUGCUGUUAUUCAAUUAUUAUGUCAAUUAGCAAGACGUUUAGCUAUAUUAGAUGGACAAUUAUAUUAUUUAAAUAAAAAUAAAUAUAAUGAUAAUGUUGUAUUAUUAUGUAAUAAUAAUAAUAAUAAUAAUAAUCCAUCAUUAUUAUCCUAUAAUCAUGUGACAUCAUUAACCUCUGGUACAUCAUCAAUUCUAUCAAAUCACUUCUUGAAUGAUUUCAACAAUAAUAAUAGUAAUACCAAUCGGAAUAGUAACUGUGAAUUGUCACAAAUUAUUGAACAACAAAAACGUUUAAUUAUCCAAAUUAAAGAAGCUCAAUUAUUACGAGCUGAAUUAGAAACAUGUCGACAUCGUUUAUUAGAAAGUAUACCGGGUCAUAUAAAAUGUGAUUUAACACAUAAUAUGAUUGAUAAAUUAGGAAGAGAUUUCAUUCAUGAUAAUAAUAAUAAGUCUACAACAAAUACUACUAAUCAAAAUAUUAGUAAUCCUAAUACAACAGAAUGUAAAUUAACAUCAUAUACAAAUAGUGAAUUGGAUCAACAAAAUCAAACAAAUCAUAAUACUAAUACUACUACUAAUGAUAAUAGUAGUAAUAUUAAUAAUAAUAAUGAAAAAUCAAUAUCCAAUAAAAUGAAUGAACAAGAAGAUCAAUUAAAUUGUCAACAAUCGAUUAUGAAUACAACACAAUUACUUAGACAACGUGUUACUGAACAUUUAAUUGAAUUUUUAAAUUGGUUUGUAUUAUCACAAAUAUUUGAAACAGAAAUCAAAGUAGAUCAAGAUUUAUGGGAAAGUAUUCAAGAUGAAUUAAGAUUUGAAUUAUCCUAUUAAAUCUAUUCAAUUAAUCUUUAUUUGAUACUUACACAUUAUUUGUGAAGUAUUUUUGUUGUUGUUUUAAUUUUUUAAUAAAUAUGUACAAAAAAAGAGAAAAAGAAAAAGAAAAGAAAAACACAAAGAGAAUCUUUCAAAGAAAAAAAACUAGAAAUAGGGAUUCAAAAAAACAAAACAACCAUCACCACCACCACUAUAACAACAACAACAACACUCAUGGUGAUACAUAAAAAAUCGAUUAUUUUUUUGUUUUGUUUUUUCUUGAUAAAUGAUAUUCAAUAUUCUUAUUUAAAAGAUGACAUAAUAAUUUCAUUGUUGUAUUUAAAUUCUUUUUUUUUCAAAUCAUUUUUCCCGCCUCUCUUUUUUGAAAUUUUUAUUUGUUUUUUUUUUUUUGUAUUUUAUGUAAUGUGAUUGUGACUCGUUUUUGUUUCCAACCAUGAUAUUAACAUCAUUGAUAAUUGUUAACAAUAUAAAUGUGUAUAUUCAUUAUAUAGAUAUAUAUGGGGGAUUGUUUUGUCGUCAUAAUGAACUCCCUUCCACUGAUACAAGCAUAUUUGUCUAUAUAGACGUACUUACUUAGUUACUUACUUAUACACACACAUAUAUACAUACAUACAUACCCAUGUACACCUAAUAUAUCAUUCAUUAUACUUAGAUAUUAUCAAAUAUAUAAAUAUACUCAUUCUGUGAACUAAUACUUUCCUUUUUAGUGUAUCUCUGAUAAUGUUGUUUUGUUUGUUUUUGGAUUAAAGUAAUGUUGGAACUGGGUUUUCAUCAUAAGAUGUCGUAAGUCUUCUAAAAUGAAGAUCAUCUAACUUCUACGACAGAGUUUAAAUUAUUUUUUUUUGGUUAGUGUCUUUAUACCUAGCCCAUCUGUGCUUGUGAUUGGUAGUAACAUCAAAGGAGCUCCAGACGGAGUAAAAACAAGCUGAUUUGUAUGAUAAUUCUGAGUGAAUGUAUAAUCAUUAUGUAUAUAUAUAUAUAAG